AUGUCGUAUGGGCUUAUUGGGCGGGAUUGACAUACAAAGCAGGGUUGUAUGUGAAAAGUGUUUGUGAUACAGGAACGGAGUGGGAUACUAAGGGUUAGUCGUCCCACCCUGUUUGAAGAUGACCAAGCUAGGCUUCUUACGGCUGUCCUAUGAGAAACAGGACACGCUGUUGAAGCUGCUCAUCCUGUCUAUGGCCGCUAUCCUCUCAUUUUCUACUAGACUAUUUUCCGUGUUGAGGUUUGAGAGUGUCAUCCAUGAGUUUGAUCCAUACUUCAACUACCGUACCACCCGCUUCCUGACUGAGGAGGGUUUCUACAAGUUCCAUAACUGGUUUGAUGACCGGGCAUGGUAUCCUCUGGGGAGAAUCAUCGGCGGUACCAUUUACCCAGGUCUGAUGGUCACCUCUGCAGCCUUGUACCAUGCCCUCCACUUCUUCCACAUCACCAUCGACAUCCGCAACGUCUGCGUCUUUCUGGCUCCUCUCUUUUCUUCCUUCACGACCAUCGUGACCUACCACUUCACCAAGGAGCUCAAGGAUGCAGGCGCCGGGCUCCUCGCGGCCGCCAUGAUUGCCGUGGUGCCCGGGUACAUCUCUCGAUCUGUUGCCGGCUCCUACGAUAAUGAAGGGAUUGCCAUCUUCUGCAUGCUGUUGACAUACUACAUGUGGAUCAAGGCAGUGAAGACAGGCUCAGUAUACUGGUCUUCCAUCUGCGCUCUGGCCUACUUCUACAUGGUGUCGUCCUGGGGAGGCUACGUGUUCCUUAUCAACCUCAUCCCGCUGCACGUGCUGGUCCUCAUGCUCACCGGACGCUUCUCCCACCGCAUCUACGUGGCCUACUGCACCGUCUACUGCCUGGGAACCAUCCUCUCCAUGCAGAUCUCCUUCGUGGGCUUCCAGCCAGUGCAGUCGUCUGAGCACAUGGCGGCCUUUGGGGUGUUUGGCCUGUGCCAGAUCCAUGCGUUUGUGGACUACCUGCGCAGCAAGCUCAACACCCAGCAGUUUGAGGUCCUCUUCAAGAGCGUCAUCUCCCUGGUGGGCUUCGUCCUGCUGUCUGUGGGCACCGUCCUCAUGCUCACCGGUAAGAUCUCCCCCUGGACGGGACGUUUCUACUCUCUGCUGGACCCCUCGUACGCCAAGAACAACAUCCCCAUCAUCGCCUCUGUGUCAGAGCACCAGCCCACCACCUGGUCCUCCUACUACUUUGACCUGCAGCUGCUUGUCUUCAUGUUCCCAGUGGGUCUGUAUUACUGUUUCAACAACCUGUCCGAUGCCAGGAUUUUUAUCAUCAUGUACGGAGUCACCAGCAUGUACUUCUCAGCUGUCAUGGUGCGUCUGAUGCUGGUGCUGGCCCCGGUCAUGUGCAUCCUGUCAGGCAUCGGCGUGUCCCAGGUGCUGACCACCUACAUGAAGAACCUGGACGUCAGCCGGCCCGACAAGAAGAGCAAGAAGCAGGCGGACGCCACCUACCCCAUCAAGAACGAGGUGGCCAGUGGGAUGAUUCUCGUCAUGGCCUUCUUCCUCAUCACGUACACCUUCCACUCCACCUGGGUGACCAGCGAAGCCUACUCCUCCCCCUCCAUUGUGCUGUCAGCCCGUGGCGGCGACGGCAGCCGCAUCAUCUUCGACGACUUCAGAGAGGCCUACUACUGGCUUCGCCACAACACCCCCGAGGACGCUAAAGUGAUGUCAUGGUGGGAUUACGGUUACCAGAUUACGGCCAUGGCUAAUCGAACCAUUCUAGUGGACAACAACACGUGGAAUAACACACACAUCUCCAGAGUUGGACAGGCCAUGGCCUCUACGGAGGAGAAGGCCUAUGAGAUCAUGCGGGAGCUUGAUGUCAGCUAUGUCCUUGUCAUCUUCGGUGGACUGACUGGUUAUUCCUCAGACGACAUCAACAAGUUCCUGUGGAUGGUGCGUAUCGGGGGCAGCACGGACACAGGGAAGCACAUCAAAGAGCACGACUACUACACCCCCACCGGGGAGUUCCGUGUGGACCGCGAGGGCUCUCCUGUCCUGCUCAACUGCCUCAUGUACAAGAUGUGCUACUACCGCUUUGGCCAGGUCUACACAGAGGCCAAGCGUCCCCCUGGCUAUGACAGAGUGAGAAAUGCCGAGAUUGGGAACAAGGACUUUGAGCUGGAUGUGCUGGAGGAGGCCUAUACAACAGAGCAUUGGCUGGUCAGAAUAUACAAGGUGAAAGAUCUGGACAACCGAGGACUGUCACGGACGUAGAGCCUCCCUACCUGUCCACGUUCACACACCUGUUAACACACAGCACUGAAGCCUUCCCCUGUGGUCAGCAGACGAGUGUGAAAUUCAAACUUUUUAUACUUUUUGUUGGGAAUUCCAGAAUGAGAUUUGUUUUGAUUUUGUUUUACCUACCAGUGUGGUGUUUUGUCUGGAUAACAGAGGGAUGUGGUGUCAUAACGUCCAAUUCAAUGUCAAGAGGUGAUUUCUGCAAUCAGUGGCCAAAAGAUACAUUUGUCAGUGAGCUUUGAAUUUUUACAAUGUGGUCAAUUAAAGAGGGAUAAACAA